CGACUAGUCUUCGUAAUAAGUAGGAUUUUACCACUGCGCAGGUGGGCGUGGUUUAACGAAGAACGACGAGUCGAAUACGGCCAUUCAUCCAUUGCGCCACAUUCAGAAAACUAUAACAGAAGAUACUAUAUAAAUUAUGCAUAUGCUGAGAGAUUCCCAAUAGUGCAAUGUUGCUUUAACUAAUAAACAAAUAAAUAUAAAGAAUAAAGAUCCACAAUGCCUAAGAAAUUUAAGGGAGAAAACUCAAAGGCUGUGAUAGCAAGGGCUCGGAAAGAGGAAGCAAGAUUGCUAGAGAAAACUCGAAUUGAAAAGGAAAAAGAAGAUGAGUUCUGGAAAGAUGAUGACAAACAUGUAGCAAAAAAAGCCAACAGGAAGGCUGAUAGGGAAAAAAAGAGACUUGAAAAUGUGGAUAGGAAAAAAGAUAAUCAGAAAUUACUCGAGGAAGAAGAAACAUGUUUAGAGGCAAAGUCAGCAAAGCCAGCUAAGAUGACAAGGGCUGAUAUAAAAGCUCAGCGGGAAAGAGAAGCAGCAGAAAAAGCUACUGUGAAACCACCAAGUCAUAUUGAAGCGCCUCUGGAGGAAAACCCUAACAUAGCAGUUGCACAACAGCUGGCUGACGAGGUCGCUGUUGAAGCUCGCAGUGUUGAAGAAGCCAUUGCUGUUCUCAGCGUCAGUCAACCGGAUGUUGAGAAACACCCAGAGAAAAGAAUGAAGGCAGCUUACACAGCCUUUGAAGAAGAAAACUUACCAAUACUCAAAGCUGAAAAUCCAAACUUGCGCUUAUCACAAUUAAAGCAGAUGCUUAAAAAACAAUGGCAGAAGUCACCCGACAAUCCUAUGAAUAGAUGUUUUAAGAAUUACAAUCAGAAGUGAUAAUGUUACCGAAUGUAAUCAGAGCUAAGUAUAGGUAGUGAAUCAAAAUGAAUGGUGCAUGUAUAAAGAAGAAAGCCAAGAAAACUUGUUUUGUGGGUAUUCAUUCAUUAAUCUUUAUCCAGCACUAUGAAAUGGAAUAAGAGGUGAACUUUUGUUGUAGUAUCCUUAUUUCUAUAAAGAUGUGUAGUGAAUGAAGCAGACAUGCAGGCUAGUAGUGUGACCUACUGCUGAACAAUAAACUGCCAACAAAUCAAGUUCCUUUUUUAUCGCUUCUUAAUUUUAUUGAAUUUCAUGAUUAACAGUAAAAUGAAAAUAAAAUAAUGAAAUUGAACAAUCAUCAAAUUAAGGUGGAUAGUCAACCACCAAAAUUGUUUUGCCAGUGUAUAUAUAUUUUUAAAUUUCAGAAAUAUAUAUUUUAUGAAAGACGA